CCUCUUUUCUACUUAAACUAAAUAGCUUUGGAUUUUACAAUUUCCAAAUUAAAGAAAAUGACUUUGAAAAAGAAAUCCACCGUCAACAGCGAUAGCGAAGAAGACGAAACCUUUUAUUACCGCUACUCCUCCGCCGCAGCCCCACCGUCCUCUUCCUCCUCGAAAUCCAUAAACCCCAACCAAACCCACGCCAAAUCCGCCGGUGUUGGUGGGGGAUCCGGCGGUCUAGCCCCAUCGAAAUCAACCCUUUACGUCUCCAACCUCGACUACUCCCUCACAAACUCCGACCUGCACACUCUCUUCUCCACCUUCGGCAAAAUCGCCCGUGUAACUGUCCUCAAAGACCGCGCCACGCGAAAUUCGAGAGGGGUUGCCUUCGUCCAGUUUGUUUCCCGCGAUGACGCUUUAUCGGCGGCAAGUGUCAUGCACGGAAAAGUGCUCAACGGCAGAACACUCAGCGCUUCAAUCGCCUUUGAUAACGGACGAGCCCCGGAGUUUAUUAAGAAAAGGGUUUAUAAGGAUAAGUCGAGGUGUUAUGAAUGUGGGAUUAGUGGGCAUUUGUCUUAUGAGUGUCCGAAGAAUCAGUUGGGGCCAAGGGAGAGGCCAGUGCCAAAGAAAGCCCGGAGAGGUGGCGGCGGUGGCGAGAAAAUGGAUGAUGGUGGGUACUGGGGGGAGGAGGAAGCGGAUGGUGGAGAGGUGUUUGAGGAGGAGAAUUGGGCGUCAGUAGUUGAUGGGGCGGCGGAGGAGAGGUUGAGGAAAGUGGAGAUGGUGGAAGAAAGGAAGAAGAAGAAGAAGGUGACCAGAAAAGCGAGUUAUUUUAGUGAUGAGAGUGAUGAGGAAGAGUGAUUUAAUGGUGAAAAUGGAGAAAUGGGAUUGCUUUUUCAGGGUCAAUCUGAAAUCAAUUGAAUUUGAGAAAUUACACCGAAAAUGAUGUUGCUUCAUUGGUUCUACAUUCAAGGACCUUUUCACAAAGGAACUGAGUGGUAUGAGGGCAUCUUAAUGGACAAGCAGGAG